AUGGUCCUCAACCUCAACGCCGUCGCCACGUCCCUGCCUUCUGCUUGCGCGCGCCCCGCGCUUCGACGGCAUGGCGCCCUCGAGCACGCGGACCGCCGCCGCCGAGGCACGCGCGCGGACCGUGAGGCUCUUCUUCGACGGCCCCGGGAGGCGCGUGCUCUUCGCGGAGGCCGGCGAGGGCGCCGCCGCCUUCCUCUCCGCCCUCCUCGCCGAGCCCGUCCGCGCCGCGGUCGGGGAGCUGCUACAGGAGGAUCCGGCGUCCGCCGCGGCAAGCUGCUUCGGGAACCUCGCCGCCGCCGAGGCCCUCCUGCCAAGGGGCCCUGCCUCUACCGCCUCCUCCCGCGCGGUGCCGCCCGCCUCCGAGGGCAUGGGCAUCAUGGCACGGCGGCUGUUCCGGUGCGGCCACCUCGGGUGCCGCUGCAGCGACGUCGCGUCGCGGGAGGCCGGCUCCGCGCGCCCCUGCGCGUCCCCGUCCUGCUCCCGCGCCAACGGCGGCGGCGCGCCCGGGAGGGGAGGCGCGACACGGAGCUCCACUUCCUGGAGGCCUGCUUCUGCCGCCGCCCGGACGGGUCCGCCGCGACGGCCCGCCGCGGCGCCGGGCGGAGCGGGGACGCCUUCUACCGCUGCUGCGCGCGCGACGAGAGGCACGGCGGCCGCGACGUCUUCCCGUGCCGCUUCCGCGUUACGGACGAGCGCGGCCGGACCACCGUGGCGGUCACGUGCGCCAAGGCCGGCGACGGCGAGGACCCAUCCGUCUCCGCUCGUCCGGACGCGGGGCUUGGCCACGAGGCCGCGGGACCUCCUACCAGCUACGCCAUCAUGGACGACCUCGUCGUGAAGCCAAUUGAAGCCGGCCUGAGCGGCUCCGCGAUGCUCCCCGCCCUCGGCGUCGCGGCCGACACGGACGACGUGCGCGAGGAGACCGUGCCGUUCGGGUACAAGGAGGGUUUGGGCCUGCUCUUGGCCUCGCUGCGCUCCAAGACGGCUCUGACGGACGUCUUCCUACCCGCCCUCGCUCGGGCGACCCGGCGGCGCCGCCAGUGAUCAGCGUUCAUUUGGGAGUAGCAAUUCAUCAAUGCAGACUUUGCUGGUUGGUUGGCCACUCAGGUUGAUUGAGAUUGGGAGGUAGCAAUUCCUACCCGCCGUAGCUGUGAUAUUUUCUGGUUGCCGGCUAGGUAAUGGAGAAGGUUAUCCAGAACAGUAGAGCUCUAAUAUUUUGGACUGGAAGCUGUGUUCUUAUCGGUACUCGGUAGCAAGCUAAGCGAGUGCUACUAUGCU